GCAGGAGGUAAUUUGGCGGAAAAUCAAGUGCUUUUUUUUUAAAAAAAAUAAUAAAAAAAGUUUUUCUUAGUAUCUUUGUCGUCGUAAUCAAUGUUGAUUUUCCUUGACAAAAGGCGCGAAGCCACAGAGCCAAAUUCCCUCUCAUGGAGCGGACGUAAAUCGAAAGCAGUUUUGGAAUUUUUUUUUUGAGCCGCCGAUUAGCUGAGCCUAGCCUCCUUUUCCCUCUCACUGCGGCUUUAAUUUUCUUAUUAGUGUUAUUCUCUCUUUUAACAAUCAGUUCAAGCCGAUCCAUGGAGCCGCCGUCGUUAUCCAAUUCCGUCCCUAGCAAUUCUAAGAAGCGAUUGAUUUCAGGGACUAUGGAUUCCGAUGUCGUUGAAAUCCCGCCUCCGAUGACUCGGACUCUAAAAAUGCUCAAAAAUAAAGAGGUCACUAUGCAUGAUGUGAUUGAAAUUGAUAAGGAUGACGAUUGUUCCGAUGUAAUAUUCAUUGAUGAAAGAGGUGACAAAAAUAACAAAGGAAAGGCAGUAAAGACAGUUUCUAAUGGUAAUCAUGAUCAUCAAACUGAGGAAGCUAUUGCCAACAAUUUAUUUGGAACCUCUAUUGCGGAAGCACUUGGAUUAAAUGGAGUUGAAUCUUCUAAGAGUUCUGCUCGAUCAUCGCAUAAUUUUAUCAACCUAGAUGAUCACAGUUCUGAUCUAUCUAAUGAUGACGAUGAUUAUAUUGAUCUUUGUUCUGAGGAGUUUAUGGAUGUUGAUGAAUACUCCAUGUUGCAAGCUCACUUUGAUAAUGUGGAUAUUCCUUCUGGAAUAGAAGCACCAAUCCCUUGGUUUUCAGAUCCUCUGCAAACUAAGAAGCCAGUUACUGGAAGUAGUUCUGUACAUACCAGGAGUCAAACAGAAUCAGAUGCUGUUGGUCCUCAUGGGAUCAAGUCAUCUUCAUCUUUACGGUUAUCAGAGACUGGUCAUUUCAGCAAAAUGUCAAUCCCUAUGAGCAAUUCAAGCUUGCAUAUCCACGUGGAUGGAGCAAGUCACUCUCCUGGAAUGCUUCCACACUCUGCCCAAUAUAAAAACAAGUCAGCGUCUUUUCAACAUAAGGGGUCUGCUCCAAAUCUUUCACUUGGAGUAGAAUCCUCUAAAUCUACGUGGUUAAAACCUUUCCAGCGCAAGAAAAAACCAGUUUCAAGUAGUUCAAGUAACUAUAAUUCUAUUAGUCAAUUGGAUGCAAUGAAGCUCCCUUCUGGAGUAGAGCCAUCUUACUGGGGACAAAAUGUUUCUGACACUGUAAAGAAACAAGGUGCAGCAAAUAAUUUAUAUGCUUCAAGUUUGCUUUUGCAUACAGACACAUUAAAUUAUGCUCCUGGAGUAAUUUCUCAACCGCGGCUGUCACCUUUUGUUAACCAUACUGCUCAUUCAAGUUUUUUCCAACCGUUGAAUUCUGCAUACCAUCCUCAAGAUUCAGAUAUGUCAUGGGGUGUGGAUUAUGUGCAUGCUCAGAGGGAUGCUGCUACUGUAGGUAGUUCAACAAACAAUGUUCAAACUUUUUCUAGCAUGGACAAAGAUGAAAUUCUACAGAGGUUUAGGCUUUUUAAACAAUUUGAUACUGUGGAAGAUCAUUCGGAUCAUCACUAUGCUGGCAAAGGUUCUUCAACUAAACAUCCAUCAAAGAAUUGGGCAAAGCGGAUACAGGAGGAGUGGAGAAUUCUAGAGAAGGAUUUGCCUGAUACUAUAUUUGUGAGGGUUUAUGAGUCAAGGAUGGAUCUCUUAAGAGCUGUGAUUGUUGGAGCUGAGGGUACUCCCUACCAUGAUGGUCUCUUCUUCUUUGAUGUUUUCUUCCCCAGUGGGUACCCCAAUGUACCGCCGCAAGUCCACUACCAUUCAGGUGGGCUUCGAAUAAAUCCAAAUUUGUAUAAUUGUGGAAAAGUAUGCCUCAGUCUGCUUAAUACCUGGUCUGGCAACAAGAAUGAGAAGUGGCUCCCUGGGGUAUCAACCAUGCUACAAGUUCUGGUCUCCAUACAGGGUCUGAUCUUGAAUCCAAAACCCUUCUUUAAUGAGCCUGGAUAUGCACGGAUGAGUGGAUCACCAAAUGGUGAAAUACAAUCUCAGCAGUACAAUGAAAAUACAUUUAUUCUAUCUCUGAAAACAAUGGUGUACAUAAUCAGGAGACCUCCAAAGCAUUUUGAGGAGCUCGUUAUGGGGCAUUUUUACAACCGUUCCCGCGAUAUUUUGGUGGCAUGUAGAGCAUAUAUGGAUGGUGCUCAAGUAGGUUGUCUGGUGAAAGGUGGGGUUCAGGAUGUUGAUGAGGGCGACAAGAGCUGCUCAAAGACUUUCCAGAAUUCUUUGCCUUCUGUUGUUCAAAUGCUUAUCAAAGAAUUUUCUCAAAUUGGAGCUCCUAAGGACUGCGAGGGUGACAAAGUUUCGACACCCACAGUAAAUGGAAAUGAGCAUACCAAUAAUUUGUCUCAGGUUGCAACAUGACUGCUUUCUUUAGGAAAGAGUUGGUUGGUCCGAGACUUGACAAAAAUUGUUUUACAUUAAAGACGUUUUACUUAGGUUUUAUGUCAGUCUUUCUGACUAGUCUAGACUUAUAGAUUAUAUUUUGUUUAUACCCUCCCUUUCUAUUCAUAUAGUUUUUGCAUAUUGUAUAUAGGUAGAAAUGUGGAUGGGAUUUAUAAGUCUUGAGGAUUGGGUUUCUGAAUUGGAUUUUUAACAUUAUUCUACUUAGAAAUAAAAGUUUCUUGACCGAAAUUGUAAAGCUGAAAAUGUUGGCAUACGAAAGUAGCUAUAUUUUUAUUUUGUUA